GGCAUUAGUGUACCCCACUCGCACUUGGCCAGCCGAGGCUUCGAAUCCCACCGAGUUCCAAUCUUUUUACGCGACCAAGUCAUCUCUACGGGCUUGUUUUUUCGAUAAUCAUGGCUGAAAUGGACACAAGUUGCUAUAAAAACAUUUUGCUUCAAUUGAAACGGAUCAUUUGGUCAACCACAGGCAAAACAAGUUGUGUGUACAUGCUACGCUGACAGUUCCGUUUGAUCGAUAGAUCAGAGGCCAUACAAAUCGCGACCAUGUCGGACCAGAAGGAAAUCUAUCAGCUCCUCCAACUGUUGAGGAAAGAGCGGCAAAAUCAAUCAGAAAAAGCACGACUUGCCAAGCGUCUGGCAGCCUUACGCGACGAGAACCUACGCCUCUUGACCGAGAUCGGCCACUGCCGCAACAACGUGGAAAAUUUACGGAAACUGCUGGCUAACGACGAUCAAAAGGCUUACCACCACUACAUUCACCAGAGGGAGAAGAUGCUGCACCAACGGCAGCAGCUCAGAGAAAAACGGGCCGAUCAGCGCAAGCUUGUGGACGAAUUGGAUCAGCGCUUCGAGCGUCUCCAAUUGGCCACUUUCCCCGUUUUCUCCUAAUCAGCAGUUGCACGCCAGGAAAAAAAAAGAGCACAAAUCUGCUGAAAUAACAAUUUAAAAAAAAAAAAAAUGCCACAAUCAAUAACCUCGACCUCUUCAAUUAUCAUUCAAAAACCCUUAGCGUUCUUCCUAUUGGGCUAGUCCAUUUGUGUAUAAAAGUCCGUUAGAUGUUGAUUGGAAUUUCAUUGGCUGAGAAUGCAACGUCGUGACUAAAUGAAUAUACUGCAAUGAUUUGUAGUCUAUAGAUUCUGUACGUGCUGUAGUGAAAAAGAGAAAAUUUUUCCCUGUGUGUGUAUGUGUGUGUGUGUGUGUUGGCACUCUCAACGGUUUAGUUUCGG